AUGAGUCGUACAUUCAAGCUCCCGAAUCCCUUCAGAAGGUCGACGCGCCAGCCUGAAUCCGAGUCCCAGAUACCGAGUAGCGAGGGCUAUUCUCCUGAGGAUCACUUGCCGCGUGUUACCUUUCCUGACGGUGUCAAGACCUUGCGUGACUGUACAGACGCUUCGGUAGACAUAUGCUUCGUCCAUGGGCUCACAGGAAAUCGGGAGAGCACAUGGACUGCUGAUGGUCAGACUGUACCUUGGCCUCAGAGCCUUCUGCCUCCGACACUCGAAAGAGCGCGAAUUCUUACCUGGGGCUAUGAUGCAUAUAUUGUUCCCAAAUCUGUUGCAUCAUCGAAUCGAUUGCUCGAUCAUGCUACCAAUUUGCUCAACCAUAUCACGACCAAUAGGGCGAUUAAUAAAGCCUUAUCUCGUCCGAUCAUUUUCGUGGCACACAGCUUGGGCGGUUUGGUGUGCAAAGAAGCUAUUUUGGCUUCGCGAAACAACCCAGAACACCAUUUGAAGGAUGUGUUUACCAAUACAAAGGCUGUCAUAUUUAUGGGUACCCCUCAUACUGGGAGUUGGAUGGCGGAUUGGGCAAAGAUACCUGCGUCAGCCCUGGGAAUUGUCAAGAGCACCAACAAAUCUUUGCUCAAGAUCCUCGAAACCGAUGAUCAGCUUCUUGAGAGUCUUCAAGUCAGAUUCCUCUCCAUGAUUCGGGACUUACAGCCUCGGCGGCUGGAAGUGACAUGUUUCUUUGAAGAGUUACCACUACUGGGAUUCGGAAAGGUUGUGGAGAAAAACUCUGCCACUUUUGCAGGUUAUAAUCCAAUCAGCAUUCAUGCCAACCACCGCAAUAUGGUCAAGUUCAGCUCCGCCGACGAGACCGGCUUUACAAGUGUGUUGGGAGAAUUGAUAAGGUGGGAGUCGGAAAUCAGCAAUUUGAGACUAUCAACCACAGCUCCGACGGAUCGGGGAAGUGAAAAGUCGAAGGUGCACAGAAUUACAGCUCACAAACGUCGCCGUGCGAAUACAGGACUCUCGGAUUCAGCUGCGGGCUCACAGGGCGUCAUGGAUCUUGACCAGAUGGUGCAGCAUGCAAUUCACAAGGCAUCUAAUACAGAUGAUCCAAAAGACCCUACAUUGCCGUCGGCGUUAUUUGGCCUCCCAAAUGACGAACGAGCUCAAGCCGCUGCUUUGAAGUGUGUUAAAGCCUUGCGACUGGAAGAAAGUGUGAAGCAAAUUGCCCACUGCAGAGCCAUGUCUCAGUCUCUGCGUAACAUGGACUUAGAUUAUGGUAUAUUGAUUAUUGCUCUUACACAGGUGGAAGAGCAACUACGUCAACACGAGACUGAGGUGAAAAGCACAUACAGUAGUGCAGUAGCCCGAUGUUUAACGUCGUUGUCAUUUUCAGAAAUGGGUGCUAGAGAGGCAAACAUUGAGGGACCGACUCAGAAUACGUGUAAGUGGAUAUACAACAAUCCAAAGUUUCGGCAAUGGGAGUCUCAAAUAAACACACUGCUCUGGAUUAAAGGGAAACCGGGGUCAGGCAAAUCGACUUUGAUGAAGAGUCUACACAAAAAACGGAUACUUGAACAGGAGCAAAGAGCAGAAAACCCAAAGACUACUUCAAGUUCCCUAUCCACGAUCCAUCUCAGCUUCUUCUUCAACGCUCGUGGUUCUGCGAUCGAGAAAACACCUAUUGGCCUUUAUAAGACACUGUUUUAUGGCUUACUGAGAUGCAUACCCCUGGUUAUGUGCGAAUUCAUCCCCGCGUUUAUCGACAAGGAGUUCUGCACCCAAAACUCCAACAUAUCGUGGCAGAUGACUGAAUUAGCAGACGCUGUUCAUUCGAUCAUUGGUAAAACGCAACCAAAUAAUAUUGAGAUUAUGAUUGAUGCGUUAGAUGAGUGCGAAGAUGACGAGGUCAGAUCGGCGAUCAGAAGGUUUGAGUCUUCUAUGACGAAUGCUCAGGUUUCUGGAGCCAUGCUGAAAGUCUGCUGGAGCAGUCGAUAUUACCCUCACAUAAGCUUAAAGUCGCAACAUGGGCUUGAACUUCGAUUGGAUAAGGAAAACGAUCGGGACAUUAGACGCUACGUUGAGAAAGAGAUGCAGGCCGGGAUCCAUGCCUCGCUUUUGCCAAUCAUGGAAGAUCUAAUCUCCAGUGCAAAUGGGGUCUUUCUAUGGGCAGUUUUGGUUACGAAGAGACUCCUUAAGGCUAUCGAUCAAGGGAAAGAUGAUGUGGAAUUGAGGCGGCUGUUGAAUUCAAUUCCUCCUAAACUUGACGACUUAUUCGACGAUAUAUUCAAAAAUGAAGAAGAUUCCACAGCAAGAUGGCAGGAUUUAGCUCGUAUGGCGCAAUAUAUAUUUUGCGCGUUUCGCCCUUUAACGAUCGAAGAAUUUUUUACAGCUAUGACAUUGCAAUCUACUAGCAAAGUAGGCCGCUUGCGCGAGCUAGAAUUGGUUGGGGAUGCUUGCGAUCGCUUGGAAAAGAGAAUUGGCUAUGUGUCAGGGGGCCUAUUCGAGGUUGCCCGUGCAAAAGGUACUACCAGAGUUCAGAUUAUUCAUGAAUCCGUUCGUGAAUUUUUUCUUGGACCCAAAGGCCUUACUCUUCUGCAAUACUCAUCGCGAGAAACAUUCAUUGUCUAUGGUCAUAAGCAACUUACAUCGACCUGUUUCAAGGCACUUCUCAGUACGGAAUUCGACUCAGUGACAAUGAGGCCGAAGCUCAGCGGUCCAGUAUUAUUAUCAGACACACUAGAAUUCUUCAGCAUGCCGUGGAAUCGUCCUAGGAACAGAUUUCUGGAAGAUUAUGUUCAAAAUCAUGUCUUUGAACACUUUGAUCUGGUCAGGGGAAUGUUUGGCAAUGACGCAUCAGCAUACUCCCCGUUUGAGUCAAUGAAAGUGCGUCAGCGAGUGCUGGAAAACUUUCUGAGAUUGUGCUGCUUACAGCUCAUGGAACACCAAGCAUUACCGGCUAGGUACAAUGCUCAUUUACAGAAAGUCUUUAUUAACCCUCUUGCAUUUAAUUUCCAAACGAAUGACCUAGCCAUACUGAUGACUUUCCUGGAAAAUCUGUCAACAAACUCCUUCUUCUUCGAUGCCAGAGAAAUAUACAUGUUCAAGAAAGAUCACGAUGCGGUCGGAAGAAAUCGAUUUAUUGCUCUCUUUUAUGUCUGCCGACAAUCAAAUCCUUGUCUCCAGGACAUGGCAUCACCUGAAUUAUCCGAAAGCUUUAACAAGACCUGCAACUUUUGCCAAUAUGGAAAGAAUGGUCUAGACGAUGACAGUAAGGCUCCUGACAAGUCAUCUCUUUGUUUCAUGUUCGGUAUGACAUUUGGUGGUCUUGGUAAGAGGUGGUUGUCCCCGAAAUCAAUUCUAGACGAAAUGCUUAGAAAGCAAGGUGAUGAUUCGCCAGUCGGCGAGAGACGACCUGUCUUUCUAACCGGAACCGGCAUCACCAUCAAAGAAGAUCUUGAUGAGAUCAAUGACCUUCGGGAUUGGGUAAACGUUUUUAAGCCGUUUUCUAAGACACGGCUUCAUGGCUAUCCAAACUCUACCACGCUCUGCAUGGUGCUCGAAAUUCCUAAGAGAGAGCGAUCACAGACUUGCCCAUCGAAGUAUUCUGAAGUUGAUGACUUGGUGGGGUGUGCGGUUGGGGCGAUGCCCCAGAACUGGUUUCACCCUCAGGAACGGCGUCGUGAUUGGGAACUUUUUGAAGCUGAUACGGAUACGGAUGAAGAUUAUGAGUCAGAUUCCGAUCAUAUUUAUGGUUACGAUUCUAGACCUGCUCCUGCUUCCACUCCCUCUUCGGAUUCUUCUAGUAGCGAUGAAUCGGAUGGUCGUGCCCAGAACCGUGGUCUUCUAGAAGGUGGUAACGGGCCUUCGCCAAUCGACAGCCUGCGAAGUAUCAACCUUGAGCUUCAAAACUUUGGUACUCAAAUCUUUCCCCAGCAUGCGGUAAUGAAGCAGCGCAAAAGAUACCAACAUUGUGUGGAAUGA